AACUCCGAAAUUGAAAGUUUCUGUAGUCUGAGAUAUUAUCUGGAUUUAUUGGAUAUACACUUUGUCAAAAAUCAUGAAAAUAGAAACACAUUAAAAGAACGAAAUGGACAGAUUUUGUGUCAAAGAUGGUACUAAAUUUAACGUGCUUUGCAUACUGGUUUUAUUUACAGUACUGAUGGUAUUGUUAUAUAUGGACUCUCAAAAAGGCCUGAGGGUAAAACAGCGUAUUAACGUAAGGAGUAUCUCAAGGCAACUGAAUGGUUUAAAAGAAUUGCCAGAGACAACAAAUCAUCCGACCACAGUCACCAAAUCCCAUAUAAAACCGAAAGACAUUCCCCUAAUCUACACCGUAACGCCAACGUACUAUAGACUUACACAAAUGGCAGAUUUAACACGACUUGCAAACACUCUACGAAAUGUUAAACGCCUACAUUGGAUCGUUGUGGAGGAUUGGAAAUUUACCAACCACAAUGUUCACGAUCUUUUACAGACUUCUAAUAUAUACUUUACGUAUAUAGCACAAGCUACCAGAAAGUCAUCGAAUGCUUCAAAGGGGAAUGACCAGAAAAAUGCAGCACUCGAAUGGAUAAAUAAGAAUCAUCGUUUUGAAGAACCCGCUGUUGUCUAUUUUGCAGAUGAUGACAAUACUUACGAUCUACGUUUGUUUGAAGAGAUGAGGUACACUAAAAAACUUUCCAUGUGGCCUGUUGGAUUCUCUGGGGCAAUGAGGUUAGAGAAACCUAUCGUCAAAGAUGGAAAGGUGACUAACUUUAGCGCGUGGAGGUCAAACCAUCGAGUGUUUGCUGUAGACAUGGCUGGCUUUGCUAUUAAUACCAAUGUUUUAUUGGAUUAUUAUCCAAUGAGAUUUGAAACUACAGUACCAGCUGGUACGUGUUGUAUGGCAGAAACUCAUUUUCUAGAACAAUGUUGUACAAGGGAAGAUAUUGAACCAAAGGCAGACAACUGUACAAAGGUCUAUGUAUGGCAUACGAAAACAGUGAAGCCAGGUCUGAAAGUCGGCCAAUCAAAAUAUGAAGAUAUAUAUGUUUAAUUAGAGUCUAUGAAACCACAAGACUGAAGUAUCUGACGGUUUAUAGCGCACAAACCAAAGUUUUGUCAGAGCCAAAGAGCUCAGACAAGAAAAAGACCAACAAGUCAUAAUCGUUCUGCUCCGAAUUUGCUCAAAGAAAGGAAAUUUGUGAUAUCAUUAAACAAUAGUAAUUAUUCGGUUUGUCUUCA